ACAGCACGUUCAGGGCUUUUCUGUCCCCCUGCUAUCAGCCGCUUGUUUCCUCUGUGCACCUCAAACCUUUUCUCAAGAGGCCGUUCCGUGUUCGGUACUGCCGCUGGUGCUCGGGCAGCCUGGAGAGAUGAUGAUGCCUUUUCCAUCCCAGACAAGCUGAAAGGUCUUUUUCCUGAUGUUAUAAGAUGAUGUUUCCUGGCUCAGCGCCACAGCCUUCUGCGCUGCUGCGAGAGGAAAAUCAUUUGAUCAUAUUUACCCACAGUGACAAUGGCCUCUCAGCUCUGCAACUCUUGGGAAAAGCUUGACCUAGCUCGGACUCCCGUCCGUGGCUUUGUCUCGGGCUGCAGCCACUGUAAAUCAUCCCAGGGGCAAGGACUGGAGUUCCCAGCACGCACUGGUUUGCUGAAGGCAGGGAAAGGCCGGAACCACGGUGCAGGUGGUUGCAGUGCAUGGUCUUCGCAGGUGGCAGCUGAUAAGAAAGAGCAUGGAGCAUCUGCACAGCCUGAUCAACAGGUCGGAGGCAUUUGGAUAAUGUGGGAAAAAAACAGAUAAUAGGUGUCUCUGGGUGUGGAGGCUGCGGAGAUCCUGGGCACCAAGCUUGGACUGACCAGGACUGACUUUAUUUCCUGUCAACACCAAUGGAUUUUGUCUCCUGGUGGCACCCCUUAAUGGGGACUGCAGCCACCCUUGAUGUGCAGGGAACAGACAGCUUCCUUGGACACCUUCUGGAGUUUGCUACCUGCCAAAAACCCACUUUGUCUUCCUACAGAAAUCAUGCAAAAUGCUCACAAAUUUGGAUGCACAUAGUACCGAGAAAUCUUGGGUUACCAGAGUUCAGGUUUUGCCUGCCACACCUCAGCUUGUGUUCAUCAUUUGGAUGUCCAGCGCAGCAGUGGGAGAAAGCGUGCGGCAUCACACAGUGCUGCUGCUGUGAACAUGGGUAUCAGGUACAGAAGAGAAGGGAGGCAGCAAAGACCUUCCCUGGGCUGAGUGCAAGAUCUGUCGGUGCUUUGAGUGUGGGUGGAUUCAGCAGCCAGCGUGCACUGUCUGAUAGCUUUCCCUCUUGGCUCAAGAGCGCUGAACUCAGUGAGCAGCCCUCUGCUGCUGGCCCCUAUGGCGCCGAUUCCUCGUUUACUGCGGAUUUCCCCACUCCAUUAGCGGUGCUAACAGGCUCCCCUCUUCCCCUGGCUCUCAGGUGGAAGUGGCUCUUUCACGCUUCCAGACUGCAGAGCCUCUCCGUUUACCUCUCAAUGAGGUGUAGUUCCUGUCCUAAACAGCGCAGGCUGUUGGAGCGAAAGGACGCGGCAGCAAUGGGCGCUCUGUGGGAGUCGGGAGCUCCGGAGAUGCAGUGGAUGUGGCUGUUGCACCGCUUUGGCUUCUCUGGUGGGACUGGAGCCAAAAUUCAGAGGCACGAUUCCUCUUUAUGAAGCCGAUCAACAUUUUCUCUCUCCCGUUUGGGUUUUAUUUUGCUCUGAAGAGCUCCUGGGGUGUGGAUGCGUGGGCACGCAGUGGGCAGAGAUGCUCGAUGGCCAGACCUUGGUUUGAGACAGCUCCUUCUGCCCGGAUUGUGGUGAAGGCACCAUGGGCAGCUGGUGGGAUCACGGCGUGCCCAGCUGCUGGCUUUGGAGGCAGCCGGUGUCCACAGGCCCUCAGGAGCGCGGCGGCUGGUGCCGGCUGCGGAAAGCAGGGCUGGCCUGCGCUCCUGUCCCGUCACGCCAGCGUUUCCGUGCUGCACCCAGCAUCUCCCGCUUGUCUCCGAGCAGGAUGUGCUGCACCCUGCCAGGCUUGCCGUGGCCUCGCCUCUGCUCUGAGAAGCUGCUGGGAGAAAACUCUCCGUGGACCUCUGGAUCCAUAGCAGUGCAGUCAGGCUGCUUGAACUGUGCCCUUUCCUUGGAGGGGCUGAGAACAGACUGGUACUGCUGCUGGGAAGCGGUGGAUGCGGCUGCUGCAUGGCUUUGGCUUUCCUCGGCAGGACCGAAGCCAGGAUUCCAAGACACAGUGCCUCUUUAAGGAACAAACCAACCCUUUCUCUCUCCUGCUUGGGUUGUUUUUUUUCUCUGCAAAUACCAUACUUUCUGUUGGAAUUUGUCCACAGGGAACUGAGGUCUGCGCGGUGCAGCCCAGGUUCUCCAAAACAUCUGUACCCAUGGAGGAGGUGCUCAGGAGCACCCAGAGCUGCCCUGGCUCUGGUGCCCAGUGGGGGCACGGAGCUUGGGCUGCCCACGAGGGCAGCAGCCCAUGGG